AUGGCGGUUCUCACAGAACGACAGCUGGUACUUGGAUAUUUUUGCUCGCAGCAAAAAUAUUCCGUGGGUAACUCUCACAGAGCGUACAGUACCGUCACUUUACCUUCGCGCGCACGAAAUCACCGCGUGCCAACACUCGCACACCACUACGCGGCCGAAUAUCGCGAUAAUGUAAGAUUCGACAUUAUCACAGCGAAUCCCACUUCUGAAAAGGCUGCUCCGGCAGAACUGCCGAACCGCGCGUCAAAUUCAGAGCUCUCCCAAAACGCGCGUAAGGGCACAACGACAAUAACAAAUCAGGGCCGAUCAUGCGAUUUCGCGGAGCCAAUCACAGUCUCGGAAGUCACGCUGUGCUUCGCUGGACGUCAAUACGAAAAUAAAGAAAAAGCUUUAGCUUUAACUUUAUACAAAACGAUGGGAAAGCGUAGCUAUAAUUGCUUACGAAAUGUUUUUCAACACAUCCCGUCAAUACAAACAUUACAGUUGGUACUUCAAAAGAUUCCUUUAGCUCCUGGAUUAAACCCUUUGAUUUUGCGACAUUUGGAAAAUAUAUCCAAAAAAAUGACAAUUAAGAAUAAAGUUUGUAUCUUAAUAUGGGACGAAGUAUCUAUACAAUCUAAUGUCAUGUACGAUGUGCGAAGGGAUAUUAUAUAUGGCUAUGAAGAUUGGGGCAACAAUCGCACAAGCAAAGUCGCAGAUCAUGCUUUGGUAUUUGCGUGGAUUACAUACGGGGUGGAAAAUGCCAAUAUCCUACAACUUUUGCUCGAAAACGACAAAUACAGCCCAACUAAUUAGAUGUAUCAAAGAACACGUACAUAAAAUAAGCAAAGCAGGUUUCCACAUAAUUGCAACAGUCUGUGACCAAGGAGCUACAAAUACAGCCGCUAUUAAACACUUAUUAUUACAAACAGAUAUGAAACGGAA